AUGAAGACCUUCUCCUGCCCCUUGGACGAUGGACGUGGUCCCUACUAGACUACUUGAAGAGGUUGUCUACUGUUGGCCCCAACAGUCUGUCUAUUGGAAAUAGUUCCCUGAACUCUGGCUCUGGUCCAACCUCUCAUUUAAAAAGCCCAAUCUAAACCACUCCUCACUAAAUAAUUAGACCUUUCUCUAAGCUUCCUUUUUUUUUUUUUUCAAGAUUUUGGAAAAAGUUGUUUUCAAGCAAUUAGUGGCUAAUUUGAGUAUGAACAACUUAUUUGAAAAAUUCCAGUCGGGCUUCUGCUCACUUCACAGCACGGAAACUACUUUAUUGAAAGUAAGUAAUGGCCUUUUGGCUGCUGGUGAAUGCUCGAUUUGAUUUAUUUUGGAUCUUGUUGCCGUGUUUGAUACUAUUGAUCAUAACAUCCUUGUUGUCCGUCUGGCGAGGUGGUUGGGGGUCUCCGGCAUUGCCCUCAACUAGUUCAGGUCAUAUCUAUGUGGCAGACUUUUCUCAGUGAGCAUGGGUGGUUCCGUAUCGUCCCCAGCACCUAUUCACUAUGGUGUCCCUCGGGUCAAAUCUGGGACCAAUCCUUCCCCCCCAGUAUAUGCUUCCCCUUGGUGACAUCAUCCGCAAUCAUAACGUUCAGUUUCGCUGCUAUGACUCCCAGCACUAUUUACUCAUCAGACCCAGUGACCAAGCUAGCGUAGCUACCCUUCACAAGCGUCUUGCUGACAUCAAAAUGUUUUCCAGCUCAAUAAUAACAAAUCUGAGGUUGGUGUAUUUGGCCCCACACCUUGCUAAAACUCAGAUUGUAAAUAACCUUUGUCAUUUGUCCACAAAUGUAAAGCCUUCAGCCAGGAACCUUGGGGUCUUCUUUGACCCUAACCUAAACCACGAGAUGCAUGUUUUAUCAUCUUAAGAAAUAACGCUAAAGUCAAUACUUUUAUUUCAGUCACUGAUUUGGAUAAAACGUAUACAUGCUUUUAUCUCCUCAGAUUACUGUCACUCUGUAUACCCGUCUCAGUCACUCUGUAUACCCGUCUCAGUCACUCUGUAUACCCGUCUCAGUCACUCUGUAUACCCGUCUCAGUCAGAAAUCACUUAGUCAACAGUUAGUUCCAAACGCUCUGCUUUUACCAGGCACCAGGAAAUGGAACCAUAUCACACCUAUUUUAGCUUCUCUACACUGGCUACCAGUCACUUUUUAGAAUAGAUUUUAAAAUGUUAUUAAUCAAGUUUUAAGGCCUGGUUUGGUUUAGCCCCGUCCUAUGUCUCUGCUCUUUUUACCUCCCCACGAGCCAGGACUCAGCCUGACAUCCUCCGGCAGGGCACUGUUGACCAUUCCAAAGUCUUUGUUGACAGUGAAAGGAGACCGGGCAUUAGGGCCCCUAGACUUUGGAGUGGUCUGCCAGAGGAGAUCAGGCUCGUAGAUUCAGUGCCUCUUUUAUAUCCCUGCUGAAACCACUUUUUAUAAAGAAUUUUUUUAAAUAUUUUUUUAUUUUAUUUAAUUUUUUUAGCAGACGCUCUUAUCCAGAGUGACUUACAGGAGCAAUUAGGGUUAAGUGCCUUGCUCAAGGGCACAUCGGCAGAUUUUUCACCUAGUCGGCUCGGGGAUUAGAACCAGCGACCUUUCGGUUACUGGCACUACGCUCUUAACCACUAAGCUACCUGCCGCCCCACAGAGAUGAUUUUAAUCUAUGAUUUUAAUGAGCUAUCUUAUUUUAUUUCUCCUGUUUUUGUUAGCACUUUUAUGAUGUGAAGCACUUUGUUACUUGUAUUGAAAAGCGCUAUACCAAUAGUCAUUAUUAUUAUCAUUAUUAUUAUUAUUACUGGUGAUGACACUAACACUUCAAUCAAUUCAAGGCCUUCUACUCUCUCAUCUCAGCAUGCCCCCCCGCCCCCACUCUCUCUCUUGACCCAGACAUCAACCUGAACUCCCCCAACAAGGGCCUGGGCCCUGCAGGAGGAGCAGACCACGUGACUGACGUCCCCGUGGAGGGCGGAGCCAUGGGGGUAUCAUCCGUCAACACGCUGCCCCCAGGGCUCACAGAGGAGGAGGCAGAGGAGCUCCGCUCUGAGCUAGUCAAGGUAGGCCCUGUUAAGGUUAGAGGUAGCCAUGGGGGGUAGGAUCCGUCAACACACUGCCCCCAGUUAGAGGUAGCCAUGGGGGGUAGGAUCCGUCAACACACUGCCCCCAGUUAGAGGUAGCCAUGGGGGGUAGGAUCCGUCAACACGCUGCCCCCAGGGCUCACAGAGGAGCUCUGCUCUGAGCUAGAAAAGGUAUGGUCCUGGCCUGUCUGUCCUCCCUGUCUGUCCUCCCUGUCUGUUGGCCUGUCUGUCCUCCUGUCGUCUCUAUGUCCUCCUGUCUGUUGUCUGGCCUGUCUGUCUGUUGGCCUGAACUCACCAAUACAGGCCUCGUGUCCUGUCUGUCUGUUGUCCCUGUGCGCUAAUGUAAUCACAGCCCUGUUUUGGUUUACUAAAAAUAAUCUGUUCCACAAACAUUGAGGGGGAACUUUUUGUUUCAGACAAUGGGGAUGUUCAUAGCUAUGAUUGGCCCAGCCAGUGGUUGACCACGCUCCUGUGUUGCUGUCAGGUGGAGGAGGAGAUCAGGGUUGAAGAAUAUCUCUCUUCAGUAGCUACAGUGUAUAUACAUGACAGAGAGCGCUGACAGCAUCCUGUAAUGUCGCUAUACCUCGCAUGUCUCCUGUGUCAUCCUCCUCAGGUGGAAGAGGAGAUCAACACCCUGAGACAGGUGCUCCUGGCCAAAGAGAAACAUUCUGCUGAUCUGAAGAGGAAGCUGGGCCUGAGCCCCCUCAACGAGCUCAAACAGAACCUCACCAAGGGAUGGCAGGACGUCCAGACUUCCAACGCGUAAGUAGAUGAUCCUUCAAAAAUGUAGUCUCUUUUUUUUUUAAACCAAGCAAAUAUCACUCACUUUAAAUGGUUUUAAUACAAACUUCCCUUCGGGGACAAUAGUUAGUCUAAUCUUAUCUUUAGGUUGUAACGAUAAACAUCAGGUGAUCACUUGCAGUAACGUCCGUUAAUAGAUUAUUCUAGAAGCUCUCUGCUGUUCCCUUUCUAUCGUAUUCUGGCCUGGUCAGACGGACUCAAGGCUGUUAGUGUAGACGGAGUGGCCCUGUGAGUGCUGGUCCUUCGCUAUUAGUACACUGAGGUGAACGUCGAGGCGGAUGUGAUCGGUGGGGCUAUAGAAUCAUGUCGGUCUACUUCAACCUCUGGCUCAAGUAUUCCUAUUGCGUUUUUUGACGACUCAUGCUUUAACACUGUAAUUCAACGUUCAAAACGGCCCAUUGUGUUUUAUAUAAGUAGUAUGAUUCAACUCCUAGCGUCUUAGAUUGAGUGAAGAUGAAGAAGCCAUUUUUAAAUCGAGGCUUCGUUAAAUCCUGUCAAACAGUUCAAAGCCUUACAGUGACACUUCUGUUACCAAGUCAAAAUGUGAGGGAGGGAAAUACUUUUUUUUUUAGAUGUUGGUAGUGAAAGUGUAUCAGUCGUCAUCAGUGACUCAGGUUUCUGAGGGAGCCUAGUUAAUGGAUUCAGGUUUCUGAGGGAGCCUAGUUAAUGGAUUCAGGUUUCUGAGGGAGUCUAGUUAAUGGAACGUUCUUGUCCCCUCCUCAUAUAUAUUUCAUUUAGCUGACGCUUUUAUCCAAAGAGACUUACAGUACAGUGAGUGAAGAAUUUUUUUUUUUGUGUAUAUGGAACUGAACCCACAACCUUAGCGUUGCUAGCGCCAUGCUCUACCAAUUGAGCAACAGAGGACCACUCUCACCAGAUAUCAUGGCUCUACAAAACCUAAGCCUCUUGCAUACUGUAUGCCUGACUCCUACUGUAGGGCCUGGUUACAUUUCUGGAACGUUCUGGAAAGGUAGUGCUGAGCAAUUAGUGCUUUUUGAGGUCAGUUUGAUUAUUUCUUUUUAAAUCACGGUUUUCGGUUUUUGAUUAUUUAUGUGGGUUGAAUGUUGUAACAACACAGAAUAAAAGUCCCAUGAUGGUAGUGACUGACAUCAUUUAAUGCUGAUCACUUAUUAACCAUCAAUAAAUAUUUCAGUUGUGUAUAUUACAUUUGUUUUAUUUGAUGACUAUAUUAUUUCAUUCCAAGUCAUCAUCUCAUCUCUACAGAGCUGCUGCCUGUGCUGUCUGACUAAAUCACUGUUUUAGUAGUUCUUCAAAGUAAAUAAGGCCGACUUUUAUAACCGAGUCGGGACAGUACGGUUUGGCCCUGUAGCGUGAAUCAGACAGCCAGCCUGGCACAGUGCUGAGCUCUACAUCUCUGACCCAGUCUCUGUUUCUAGCUUUGUCAGAACCACUGAGAAACUCAGUUGUGAGUCUCCUGUUUGUCUCCUGCCGUGGGCAACUAGUGCUCUCUCUGUCUCUCUCUCUCUCUCUCUGUCUCUGUCUCUGUCUCUCUGUCUGUCUGUCUCUCUCUCUGUCUCUCUCUCUGUCUCUCUCUGUCUCUCUGUCUCUCUCUCUCUCUCUGUCUCUGCCUCUCUCUCUCUCUCUCUGUCUCUCUCUGUCUCUCUCCUCUCUCUCUGUCUCUCUGUCUGUCUUCUCUCUCUCUGUCUCAUCUCUCUGUCUCUCUCUCGUCUCUCUGCUCUGUCUCUAUCUCGUCUCUUCUCUCUCUCUCUCUCUGUCUCUCUGUCUGCUCUCUCUCUCUGUCUCUCUGUGUCUCUCUCUCUCUCUCUGUCUGUCUCUCUCGUCUGUCUCUCUCUCUGUCUCUCUCUCUGUCUCUCUCUCUGUCUCUCUCUGUCUCUCUCUCUGUCUCUGUCUCUGUCUCUCUGUCUCUGUCUCUGUCUCUCUGUCUCUGUCUGUCUGUCUCUCUCUCAGAACACCUGCCGUGGGCAACUAGUGUCAGCAGUGUAACCUGGCUACUGUAUCAUUGUGGUCUUGAUUCUAUAACACUUGUCCUUUUGUGGUUUCCUCUGCCUGCUGCGUGUGAAAACGUGCAUUCCCAUGAGACCAUCUGUUAUAUAAUAAUACAGUCUGGCUUUACCUUGGCAGGAGAUGCUGGGUCUCCCAGUUAUCCUGGUGUCGUUGUAAUGCUGGGUCUCCCAGUUAUCCUGGUGUCGUUGUAACCAAGAGAUGCUGGGUCUCCCAGUUAUCCUGGUGUCGUUGUAACGAAGUUGUAAUAUUCUACGUGUCAGAAGCUUGUUUGUUCUACGUAAUAUAUUUCUAUUUGAACGUUCCACAAAGUUCUGCCUCGCUUUAACGCGCCACUGUUGGUUUGCCCAAAGAGUUGCUGCCUAUCCUGCUUGGGGAAACUCUAAAAGCAUGCUACAUGAGGCUGGGAAAUGGUGUGUGGUACUCCACUCGAGGAGGGAGCUUUUAGGCCCAUCUCUUUCCCUUUUUUUGAUUACUUUGUGUAAGAGUGAGUCAUUUCCAGUUAGCCACCCAUCCCUGUACUGUAAUGUCCUGUUAAAGCAAGGGCCUUGUCCCGAGGCUCCUCAGUGAUAAGGUGACAUCCUCAUUCCCACUUCCUGUGAACCAACAACCAAUACGUCCUAAUGGUUUUAACUAGGGUUGGGCGGUAUCCAGACUGUCAUAUUGUCCUACUCUCAUCCCGGUAUUACUGGCUUUAGUACACAAGAGGGUGCCAAAAACCACUCAAAAAGCCCAUUUUUAAGCGUCAAUUACCAGAAUGCUAACAAAAUUAACACGAGUAAUAGCACAUUUCCAUGAAGGCUGCUAGCUAAAUAUGCUAACGAAAAUAAACGAAUUUCCAAAACAGGCAAUCCAGCUCAUGAAGGUAUGUGUGUGUGUGUGUGUGUGUGUGUGUGUGUGUGUGUGUGUGUGUGUGUGUAGGAGCGAGUGAAUGUCAUUUUUGGUGAGUGGACAUUUUACAAGCGGAUGUGAACGAGAGACAAAGUUUUGACGCAUGUUUAUCAGAAGGAAGAACAGUACUGGCUCUGAAGCAGCAACGUGUACACUCUGGAGUCGCCAGGGCAACGGGCCUGCCUGCUCUGCUCGGAGAAGACGUGGAGAGGAGAAAAAGGCGAAAAGAAAUCAAGAUGGUGGCAGCAAAUAACUCAUCCAAAGGGCUUUGACUUCUCCAACACGGCAGAAAGCUAACACUGAUGCCCCGUCACUUUUUUUUAAUUCAGCUACUUAACGCUUAACUUCUGUUGGUUUGGUGGUUGGUUGGUUAAAACUAGGGAAACAGAGAAAUACAUGGACUAAUGUUUUCCCCUCUUUCAUUAUUUAUGUCCUACAUCAUACAGUUGAAGUCGGAAGCUUACAUACACUUAGGUUGGAGUCAUUAAAACUCGUUUUUCAACCACUCCACAAAUUUCUUGUUAACAAACUAUAGUUUUGUGCAUGACACAAGUAAUUUUUCCAACAAUUGUUUACAGACAGAUUAUUUCACUUAUAAUUCACUGUAUCACAAUUCCAGUGGGUCAGAAGUUUACAUACACUAAGUUGACUGUGCCUUUAAACAGCUUGGAAAAUUCCAGAAAAUGAUGUCAUGACUUUAGAAGCUUCUGAUAGCCUAAUUGACAUCAUUUGAGUCAAUUGGAGGUGUACCUGUGGAUGUAUUUCAAGGCCUACCUUCAAACUCAGUACCUCUUUGCUUGACAUCAUGGGAAAAUCAAAAGAAAUCAGCCAAGAAAAAAUUUUAGACCUCCACAAGUCUGGUUCAUCCUUGGGAGCAAUUUCCAAACGCCUGAAGGUACCACGUUCAUCUGUACAAACAAUAGUACGCAAGUAUAAACACCAUGGGACCACGCAGCCGUCAUACCGCUCAGGAAGGAGACUUGUUCUGUCUCCUAGAGAUGAACGUACUUUGGUGCGAAAAGUGCAAAUCAAUCCCAGAACAACAGCAAAGGACCUUGUGAAGAUGCUGGAGGAAACAGGUACAAAAGUAUCUAUAUCCACAGUAAAACAAAUCCUAUAUCAACAUAACCUGAAAGGCCGCUCAGCAAGGAAGAAGCCACUGCUCCAAAACCGCCAUAAAAAAGCCAGACUACGGUUUGCAACUGCACAUGGGGACGAAGAUUGUACUUUUUUGAGAAAUGUCCUCAGGUCUGAUGAAACAAAAAUAGAACUGCUUUGCCAUAAUGACCAUCGUUAUGUUUGGAGGAAAAAGGGGCGGACUUGCAAGCCGAAGAACACCAUCCUAACCGUGAAGCGUGGGGGUGCUUUGCUGCAGGAGGGACUGGUGCACUUCACAAAAUAGAUGGCAUCACGAGGAAGGAAAAUGAUGUGGAUAUAUUGAAACAACAUCUCAAGACAUCAGUCAGGAAGUUAAAGCUUGGUCGCAAAUGGGUCUUCCAAAUGGACAAUGACCCCAAGCAUACUUCCAAAGUUGUGGCAAAAUGGCUUAAGGACAACAAAGUCAAGGAAUUGGAGUGGCCAUCACAAAGCCGUGACCUCAAUCCUAUAGAACAUUUGUGGGCAGAACUGAAAAAGCGUGUGCGAGCAAGGAGGCCUACAAACCUGACUCAGUUACACCAGCUCUGUCAGGAGGAAUGGGCCAAAAUUCACCCAACUUAUUGUGGGAAGCUUGUGGAAGGCUACCCAAAACGUUUGACCCAAGUUAAACAAUUGAAAGGCAAUGCUACCAAAUACUAAUUGAGUGUAUGUAAACUUCUGACCCACUGGGAAUGUGAUGAAAGAAAUAAAAGCUGAAAUAAAUCAUUCUCUCUACUAUUAUUCUGACAUUUGACAUUCUUAAAAUAAAGUGGUGAUCCUAACUGACCUAAGACAGGGAAUUUUUACUAGGAUUAAAUGUCAGGAAUUGUGAAAAACUGCGUUUUAAAUCUAUUUGCCUAAGGUGUAUGUCAACUUCCGACUUCAACGGUGGGAAAAGGUAGUCAAAGUAAAGUUAUCACACCACGACCACCGUUUUGCUACAGCAAAUUUUGAAUUUUCUGGGUGGCUGAAGGCCUACAUUAACAGACUUGGCAGGGUGCUUAUUUGUGAGCUAUCUCUUGCACUGUCCUUUCAGCAUACAUAUGCACACACCACACACAGCCCAGACCUGCCACAGGAUUGUGUGGGAGAGGAGAGGAGGGGAGGAUUGGAAUGUGAGAGACCGAAAGGGAGGUGGAGAGAAAGGGAGCGAUUUAAACAACCGGAGACGGAGAGAGACGAUGGUGGGCUGGCCCAAAAAUGGUAGUCUUCCUUGAUUAGUCACAUGACUCACCCAGAGGGAGGAUGUGGAAGAAUGCCACGUGAAGGACAGUGUCUGUGUAAGGGCUGUGACGCGCCCAGUAUCGCAAUAUUUUGUUCCAUGGCAAAAAUGAAAACACGAAGCAGACCAAACUCCUUGGUCCUUUUUAAAACCUGCUGUAUGUCAAAUAUUGUGUGUUUUUUUUUAUACCUUGGAAAAUAAAUAAAUGUGACUCUGGAUGACAACAUGUUUGUUUCCAACAUUAGGACUUUUUUUCCUAAAGAAGUUAAAUCCGCUUUGUGUUUUGUUUCCUUGCCCCCGACACUAACGAGUAUCGCGAUACUGGUAUGGUCCCGGCCCUAGAAGAGUUAUUUUAUUUGGUAUGUCUGUGUGUUGCAUUGGUGAGAUUUUAAUUGGGACUAGACAGAAUCAUUUGUGUCAGUGUUUUUAUAGAUACAGAAAAUAGUCAGAAUGAAUGUUUAUUUAUUUUUAGUCAGACUGCAGCUACAGCCAUGCUUACCAUAUAUUCCAUUUCCAUUGUAGUCAGCAGAACUAAAGCCACGUCCUCCUUUUCCCAUGCAUGUUACUGUACAGACAGGAUCUACAUGGUUUGAUUCAGGCACUGUAUGGUUUGUGCUCAAUGAAGACUAAUCAAAUAAAUAGUAUCUAUCUGAUGCUUGACACAUUAACCCUUUUUUUGAUGUUUGUGAAAAGUAUUACUAUGGGAGUUUUAAUCAAUAAAAGCGCAAGAGAUGUGACUUCCACUCAUGUCCAAGCUUGAGGAAGGGUUGCGUUGGGUCUUCUAACACAGGGUUUCCCAAACUCGGUCCUGGGGUCCCCCCCUGGGUGCACGUUUUGGGUUUUUUGCCCUAGCGCUACACAGCUGAUUCAAAUCGUCAAAGCGUGGUUAUUUGAAUCAGCUGUGUAACGCUAGGGAAAAAACUAAAACGUUAGGGGGCCCCAGGACCGAGUUUGGGAAGCCCUGUUGUAAUAAACCCUGGAUAUUCGGCAGAGUUGGGUAUUUGGCACUUCUGCCACUUUCCAAACCAAGACUGAUGCUUUGUCAUAGUGUAGUGAUACUAUUGUUCAGUAAAUGCAGUAUUCAAACAAGUCAGUAUUGUGCUAAGUUUUUUGGGGGGGAUUGUCUGUUGUUUUUAGUGUGUGUGUGUGUAGAAGGUUUCAAUUUCUUAUGUGAACUUUGUCUCUAACUGUCUCUUUCCUCCCCUGUAAGAAGUCAGUUAGUCAUUUCAUUUUUUCGAUGUCACUGUUUGUCCGUAGAUUUCUUACAGCGUCUGCAACUUUGGAUGACAUUGCCCAAUCGGAAGCGUGAGUUACUAUAUUAACUAUUUAUUUUUGUUUUUGCCUACAUUUUUGUUUUUGUUUUGCCGGAGUUGCAUUUUGUUUCAGCAGGAGGAGAAGGGGCUUAUUACUGUCCUUGGAGGGAGAGGGGGCUUCUUACUGUCCUUGAGGGGAGAAGGGGCUUCUUACUGUCCUUGGAGGGAGAAGGGGCUUCUUACUGUCCUUGGGGGGAGAAGGGGCUUCUUACUGUCCUUGGGGGGAGAAGGGGCUUCUUACUGUCCUUGGGGGGAGAAGGGGCUUCUUACUGUCCUUGAGGGGAGAAGGGGCUUCUUACUGGCCUUGGGGGGAGAAGGGGCUUCUUACUGUCCUUGGAGGGAGAGGGGGCUUCUUACUGUCCUUGGAUGGAGAGGGGGCUUCUUACUGUCCUUGGAUGGAGAGGGGGCUUCUUACUGUCCUUGGAUGGAGAGGGGGCUUCUUACUGUCCUUGGGGGGAGAAGGGGCUUCUUACUGUCCUUGGGGGGAGAAGGGGCUUCUUACUGUCCUUGGGGGGAGAAGGGGCUUCUUACUGUCCUUGGAGGGAGAGGGGGCUUCUUACUGUCCUUGGAUGGAGAGGGGGCUUCUUACUGUCCUUGGGGGGAGAGGGGCUUCUUACUGUCCUUUGGAGAGGGGGCUUCUACUUCCUUGGGGGAGAGGGGCUUCUUACUGUCCUUGGGGGAGAGAGGGGCUUCUUACUGUCCUUGGGGGAGAAGGGGCUUCUAUGGCCUUGGGGGCGAGGGGGGGUCUUCCUGUCCUUGGGGGGAGGGAGAAGGGGCUUCUACUGGCCUUGGGAGGGGGCUCUUAUGUCCUUGGAGAAGGGGCUUCUUCUAUGGCCUUGGGGGGGAGAAGGGGCUUCUUACUGUCCUUGGGGGGGGGGGGAGGAGGGGCUUCUUACGGCCUUGGGGGGGGAGAAGGGGCUUCUACUGGCCUUGGGGGGGAGAAGGGGCUUCUACUGUCCUUGGGGGGAGAAGGGGCUUCUUACUGUCCUUGGGGGGGGGGGGGAGAAGGGGCGUCUUACUGUCCUUGGGGGGGAGAGGGGGCUUCUUACUGGCCUUGGGGGGGGAGAAGGGGCUUCUUACUGUCCUUGGGGGGGAGAAGGGGCUUCUUAUGUUGUUUUUGACUGUUCAUGCUUCUCUUCUGUUUGGCUGGUGGUAUUUUGGAUGGCCUUGCACACGCCAACCUUAUUCACCUAAAUCGUGUGAGCUUGUGUGGGGCAACAACAAAAAUGGGUAUCGUUGUGGGUUACGUGAGGACUGAAUUUGAGAGGCUGGUUUCAGUGAUCCUGGGGGGGCCUGCCCUAGUCAUCACGUGUCCUGGGGGGGCCUGCCGUGGUCAUCACGUGUCCUGGGGGACCGUCUGACCCGCUGUACAAAGUGUAACAAGCUGAUAUCAUUCAUUGAUUGUCCACCAGCUUCAUAGUUUCCUAACUGUCUUUUCAGUAUUAUCAAACGGUUAUCAAUACCAUUGUAUUGGUCAGUCUGAAUAGAAAUCAAUCUUAUGGGACUUGGACAUAUGGACCUGUGUACUGAACGGAUGGCUUAGUAAGAGAUGAUUGCUUCUAUCAUGGGUGACUUAACUAUUGACUCCAUGCUAGAGACGAUCACCUGCUCGUGUGGAGUGUUGGAGCGCUGGUGGUGAAUGAACUACAGGACAGAAUACAAGUCCUCCAACCCUAAAAGGCCCCUGUGGUGUUGAUGGUAUCCUCAAUGAAAUGACCACAAUCUACAGACCACAAAUUCCAAUUGGCUAUGUAAGUCGCUCUGGAUGAGAACGUCUGCCAAAUGAUGUAAAUGUAAAUAAUAUAAUAAUAAUAAGCCAUUUAGCAGACGCUUUUAUCCAAAGCAACUUACAGUCAUGCGUGCAUACAUUUUUGUGUAUGGGUGGUCCCGGGGAUCGAACCCACUACCUUUUGUGGUGCCACCCCUGUAUAUGCCUAACAGCCAUCCAUUCAGAGGGGUAUUGGUGUGAUGGGGAUAUAACAUACUAUGGGCAGGAAUGUGUGUGUUGUAACUUGUUAAGAAGCCUGCAGUUUGAUCUUUCUGUGGCUUUCUAUUGUGAUUCAGUGUGGGGUUUAAGCACAGCGACGUGUCUGGGUAGAUUCCUGCUUUAAGGUUGGUGCUGUAAUACUAAUGGGUCUAAGUUCUUCUGUCUGGAUUAUUCAUUUUCUGUUUUAAACAUACCGUCUGAAAUAAGCCUGAAAAAUGCCCAGUUUGUAAAUUCAGAGUUUUUGGUUUAAGCUGUGUUGCGCAAUACCUGAUCUCUUUAACACUCCACCUCAUCCUACUGAAUUCCUACUGGGUUGGUAGUCCACCUCAUCCUACUGGGUUGGUAGUCCACCUCAUCCUACUGGGUUGGUAGUCCACCUCAUCCUACUGGGUUGGUAGUCCACCUCAUCCUACUGGGUUGGUAGUCCACCUCAUCCUACUGGGUUGGUAGUCCACCUCAUCCUACUGGGUUGGUAGUCCACCUCAUCCUACUGAACAAUUAAUUACAAAACAGUUCUGAGAUCUGGGAUGUGAACUUUGAUGCUCAGUAUCUCAGACCUAUGCUUUGUGCAGAUAGAGCCUUAUAGUCACAAGGUCAUUACAUUUACAUUUUAAUCAUUUAGCAGACGCUCUUAUCCAGUGAGUGCAUACAUUAUUCUUUUUUAUAUAUAUAUUUUUUUUUUACUGGCCCCCCGUGGGAAUUGAACCCACAACCCUGGCGUUGCAAAUGCCAUGCUCAACCAACUGAGCUACAUCCCUGCCGGCCAUUCCCUCCCCUAUCCUGGACGACGCUGGGCCAAUUGUGCGCCGCCCCAUGGGUCUCCCGGUCGCGGCCGGCACAUGGGCCUACAUUUUUAAAAUGAUAUUUCAUUAAAAUGUCUUGGUUGAGACCUUUAGUCAAGUAUUGGAUACAAGCUGUUGCUAAAUUCUCUUGUUUCUGGAGUGUUUUCCUCUGUAUUUCUGCAGACUUUUCUUUCUGUUCUGUCUGUUAGACUUAUUAACCCUUUAGUGGCAAAGACUCUUCCUUCCUUCUGCUUGCGACGGAGGCGUAAUCUAUUCUAAACCAAGUGAGCCCUGUUUUCGAUAUGUUGUCAAUCAUGUUUUAAUGAUAUAUAUAUAUAUACACACUAUCUCUCUCCAUCUGUCCUCUCCCGCCAGAUAUAAGAAGACUCAGGAGACCCUGUCUGUGGCAGGACAGAAGACCACCGCUGCCUUCUCCACCAUGGGAACUGCCCUCAGCAGGAAACUGGGAGACAUGAGGUACAGACCAAGACCCAAAAUGGCCCCCCUCAAGCCCUUUCUGUAGAACAGGGUUGGCCAACCGCAAAGUUCUAAAAACCUAGAGGUCUCACCUCAGUCCUCUUUCCCACUAGGUUGUAUAAGUUUGUUUGGUGUGGCCACAACAACCCUCUUUCUGGUGAGAGUUAUUCCUGCCAGAUUUUGCUCUGACUUACCUAGCUCACCUGAUUCAGCUAGUCAGCUGCUCACCUGGGGCCUCAUUUAAAACCGUUGGGUAAAUUUGACACCAAAUAUCUGCAUGUGUCAUUUCUGAAAAGACUGUGUGCAAAAAUAUUGAUUUAUAAACUUGCCGUAUGCCAUACAACGUAUAUUUCCUGUUAUGAAUCAGACCUGUCGUUAAACUGUGCGUGCGUCGUCAACGUUUUUUUACGGUGACAUUCUGCUCAAUCGUCUCGUUUUUUGCUGUGUACUUUGGAAGUAUGGAAAUAAGACCCAAUCUAAAGGAAAUAUGUCAGGAAUUGACAUUUAAAAAAAAAUAUGAAAUGGAUGCCUAUUUCUAAUUAUUUUAGAAUGCAAAGAUAAUCCAUUUAUUUUUUCGCUCAUCUCACUAACAGCAAAUCAUUGCAUGUUAUUAUAUUUAGUUUCCUUAUAAAUAAAUUUAUAUUUUUUUUAUGAAUAAUUCUCAUAUUCCUGCACAAGGCUAUUAUAGGCUGCUGUUGCCUUCUGGGAAUGCAAUACUUCAACCACUAGACACUGUGCAUAUGCAUGGUCUAAAGUUUGCGGGAGGAUAAGCACAUGCUCACGUCAAGUUCCGUUUUUAUACAGUACCAGUCAAAAGUUUGGACACUACUCAUUCAAGGGUUUGUCUUUAUUUUUAAUAUUUUUGACAUUGUAGAAUAAUAGUGAAGACAUCAAAACUAUGAAAUAACACACAUGGAAUCACGUAGUAACCCAAAAAGUGUUAAACAAAUCAAAAUAUAUUUUAGAUUCUUCAAAGUAGCCACCCUUUGCUUUGAUGACAGAUUUGCACACUCUUGGUAUUCGCUCAACCAGCUUCAUGAGGUAGUCACCUGGAAUGCUUUUGCAACAGUGUUGAUGGAGUUCCCACAUAUGCUGAGCACUUGUUGGCUACUUUUCCUUCACUCUGCGGUCCAACUCAUCCCAAACCAUCUCAAUUUGGUUGAAGUCGGGUGAUUGUGGAGUCCAGGUCAUCUGAUGCAGCACUCCAUCACUCUCCUUCUUGGUCAAAUAGCCCUUUACACAGCCUGGAGGUGUGUUUUGGGUCAUUGUCCUGUUGAAAAACAAAUGAUAGUCCCACUAAGCGCAAACCAGAUGGGAUGGCGUAUCGCUGCAGAAUAAGAAUGCUGGAUAAGUGUGCCUUGAAUUCUAAAUAAAUCAGUGUCACCAGCAAAGUACCCCCACGCCAUCACACAACCUCCGUGCUUCACGGUGGGAACCACACAUUCGGAGAUCAUCCGUUCACCUACUCUGCGUCUCACAAAGACACGGCGGUUGGAAACAACAAUCUAAAAUUUGGACUCAUCAGACCAAAGGACACAUUUCCACCGGUCUAAUGUCCAUUGCUCGUGUUUCUUGGCCCAAGCAAGUCUCUUCUUCUUAUUGGUGUCCUUUUUAGUAGUGGUUUCUUUGCAGAAAUUCGACCAUGAAGGCCUGAUUCACGCAGUCUCCUCUGAACAGUUGAUGUUGAGAUGUCUGUUACUUGAACUCUGUGAAGCAUUUAUUUGGGCUGCAAUUUCUGAGGUAACUCUAAUGAACUUAUCCUCUGCAGCAGAGGUAACUCUGGGUUUUCCUUUCCUGAGGUGGUCCUAAUGAGAGCCAGUUUCAUCAUAGCGCUUGAUGGUUUUUGCGACUGCACUUGAAGUAACGUUCAAAGUUCUAGAAAUUUUCCGGAUUGACUGACCUUCGUGUCUUAAAGUAAUGAUGGACUGUCGUUUCUCUUUGCUUAUUUGAGCUGUUCUUGCCAUAAUAUGGACUUGGUCUUUUACCAAAUAGGGCUAUCUUCUGUAUACCACCCCUACCUUGUCACAAUACAACUGAUUUGGCUGAAACGCAUUAAGAAGGAAAUAAAUUCCACAAAUUAACUUUUAAGAAGGCACACCUGUUAAUUGAAAUGCAUUCCAGGUGACUACCUCAUGAAGCUGGUUGAGAGAAUGCCAAGUGUGCAAAGCUGUCAUCAAGGCAAAGGGUGGCUACAUUGAAGAAUCUCAAAUAUAAAAUAUAUUUUGAUUUGUUUAACACUUUAUUGGUUACUACAUGAUUCCAUAUGUGUUAUUUCAUAGUUUUGAUGUCUUCACUAUUGAUGUCUACAAUGUAGAAAUAGUUUUUUUUUUUAAAUAAGAAAACCCCUUGAAUGAGUAAGUGUGUCCAAACUUUUGACUGGUACUGUAAAUGCCAACAUUUUGCUUAAACUGGCUCGCGCAUGUUUUGGGGCAUAUUCUGUGCGUACGCAACGUUUAUGAAUGAGGACCCAGGACCUUGAUUAGCUGCUUUUUUUACAGGGUUUGAGCAAAAGCCUGCCUACCCAGUAGUUCUCCAGGAAGAGUGUUUGCCAGCCCUGAUGUAGAAAACACUAUCCUAGAAGACUACCGUAGCAGACGCCGUAGAAUUUACACUAACCCCCUAGACUUGACUGACAACAGCCUGCAGUCAAUCCAACUUGGUUGCUCCAACUUUAACUAGUUACUAGCUAGAUACUAGCUGUGGUGGACCAUACUGUUUACAGUCAUGUUAUAAAUUGUAAUCUAACCAAAAUGCCCAUCCUUGGUUUUUAUAUGGUUCAAUUCAUCAUUUUAGUCAUUCAUAUUAUAAAUAAUCCAGCUAUCCAUUCAACACCAACACUUGAAAAGCAACCCUAAUAGCGUACUAACUCAAGUAUCUACGUGAUCUGAGAAUAUGCUUGUCCAUUAACAUUUUACAAGUCUAUGUGUGUGUCAUUGGCCUCCCCUUGUUUCCUGUUUCGUGAUCCAUUACCCCGGCAGCAACGCACCUUUCCUUCCUGCUUGCUCCGCUCCGUAUCAAUGGCCUUAGUUUUGUUUGUCCCGUUUGAUCAUUUUGUUAUUGUCUUUUCAUUUUCAUCUAGCACUAUCCUUCACCAAGUCUGAGUAAGACCAGACUAUAGGUCUGUUCGCUUCAUACAGCAGGGUUGCACAACAUGGGACCCUGGUGUGCGUUGCAAUGCCAUCUAUCAUGUAACCAUCAUUGCUACCAGGUUCAACGCCAUCUAUCAUGUAACCAGCAGUGCUACCAGGUUAGAAUAAAUAAAUAGAUGUCUGACCUGCGCAUUGCAAAUAUAUUUUCUGGACCCCUUAAAUCAUGUCAAUAUCUGUCUGUGUCCCAAAUGGCAACCUUUCCCUUAAUAUAUAGUCCACUACUUUUGACCUGAACCCAAUGUUCAAAGGUUGUGCACUAAAUAGGGUUCCAUGCCAUUUGGGAAGCAUCCUCUGAAAGCGGCCCCUUUUGACGAAUAGCCCAGCUCUGCUCCGCUCCACGCUGCUUUGUGCCUCACUGUGUUUUUGUUUCUCCUUGUUUUGAAUUGCUGCGGCCGGUCCACAGAGCGCUGCCUUUCUCUAACUCCUUCGGGUAAGAUGACUCUGUACUGCUGGAACACCCCAAUUAGCUACUUUAUCAACCGCUAUGAUAACUUUACCUUGAGGUUCAUCAGCCCUGACUGUUAAUAGAGCUUUAGUAUUUAUGCUGCAACUCUGCUUUCUCAAAUCAAAUUGUAUUUGUCACAUGCGCCGACUACAACGGGUGUAGACUUUACUGUGAAAUGCCUACGAGCCCUUCCCAACGAGCCCCUUCCCAACGAGCCCCUUCCCAACGAGCCCCUUCCCAACGAGCCCCUCCCAAUGAUGUAGAGUUAAAAAAAGGGUAACACAAGGAAUAAAACAGGAAGUACCAGAUCAAUGUGGAGCUAUAUACAGGAAGUACCAGAUCAAUGUGAAGCUAUAUACAGGAAGUACCAGAUCAAUGUGCAGGGGUACGGGGUAUUUCAGUUAUGACUGUAAGUCGCUUUGUAUAAAAGCGUCUGCUAAAUGGCAUAUUAUAUUAUAUAUUAUAGGUAGAUAUGUACAGUGCAUUCGGAAAGUAUUCAGACCCCUUUGUUACAUUACAGCCUUAUCCUAAAAUGGAUUAAAUAAAACAUUUCCUCAUCAAUCUACACACAAUACCCCAUAAUGACAAAGCGAAAGCAGGUGUGUCCAACCCAGUACUAGAUGAGUGUACCGAACUGGCCACUGAGUGUGUAGUCUUGUGAGUGUGCAUAGAGUCAGUGCAGAUAGUCUGGGUAACCAAUGAGUUACUUAGCAGUCUUAUGGCUAAUUAACUUCUACCCCCUAGCCGUAAGACUGCUAUCUCGGAGCCUGUUGGUCUGCGAGCCGAUGCUCUGGUACCGUUUGCUUUAAAGAAUAUAUAUAUAUAUAUAAAAAUAAAAAGAUACAUUUUUGUUCCCCCUCAUGUUAUGAUUUAAUGAAUUACUUGAUUAUUAUUUAAGAGGAGUUCGGUUCAUAUAAAUUAAUUCCCUGCGUAUUUGAAUUAUUCAUUAUUUGAUGAUGAAUCACCGUGAACCUUGAUUGUGUUUGACUGAAGUAAACACUAGAUGGCGGUGUCCUCCUGACCGACUGCUGUCACGAUAUAACCAUGUUCUCCUGCUUGGUGUGUGGCUGCUCCAGUGGUGGCCCGGGCCUGGGCCUGGGCCUGGGCCUGCCCCUCUGCUUGGCUCCUAACGCUCUCACUUCUUUGUCUCCCUCCCUUUAAACGCUUACAAAGUAGCAACUACUCCAUUCGCCAUUCGAUAAGUAUGCCAGCGAUGAGGUAAAUGUAACUUACACUUAUUCUAUUUAGUUUUUUUUUUUUUUAAGUAUCGCUUUAAGUCAUUAUGACAUUUUAGUGGUUUUAGAUUAACAGCUGUUGUGGUCUUGUUUGUGAUGGUGAUGUUUUUAUGUCUUUUUUUGAAUUGUUGUUUUCUUGUAAAUUGAAGGUUGCUGGUGAGGAUUGUCGUGUCCCUAUACACAAUGCAAACAAUAUCAUGAUUCACAUCAUUUGAUGGCACAGCAUUGAAAAACACCUAGUGGAAACGUUGGGUGUUUUUUGUGCUGGCUCUAACUAAAUCAAAAUACUAAGCAUAUAACUUUUUGAUAUCCUGUGUGUGCGCUUUUCCCUGUGGAUAUUUUUGUGAGCUAACUCAAACAAAUCUAGUGAUACACAUCAUAUGACCGGUAAUUUCAAUGUAAAUCAACUCCUGCUAAGAAUAUGCUAAAUGGCAUAUUAUUAUAAUCCAUAAAGCUGUGAUCUCCCACAGGUAACCCUGGAUCAGUGUGUCUGGCAGUGGAGGAUAGAAGUAUUAUCAAAUGGAUGCUUACCUUUUGUAGUGCACCUUAACCUGUUAUGGGAGAGGAUAAAACUUUGUUUGAGUCCGGUGUUUAUCUCGUGAAUGAACACUUGUGAAAGUUGUGUUGCUAAUUCAAUGAUAUUCCCAUGUGCUCAUUUGUGGAAUGUUUUUUAUUUCUUUAUUUUUUAUAGAAACUCUCCAACCUUCAAGUCGUUCGAGGACAAAGUUGGAAACAUCAAGGUGAGAGCUGAAAGGGGUUGUUGAAAUGGGAAGAUGACGCAGAGUACUAUUAAACCCUGGCAACUCACAACUGGUCAAAUGGAAAAGUAUAUUUUUUUAUAGUUUUGUACAUUUUCAUUUUGUAUCUUCGUUGUGCACUGCAGCAUAGACCUUGCUGUGUUGUUAACACCCUACAGACGAGGUAGAGGUUAGGGGUGCUUUAUUCUGUUCCUGCAUUUGGGAUUUUUAUUACUAUUGGAUUAUUCUCAGCUGUCUCAAACAACUCCUUUUUAAAUAAAUGGUGUGAAAAUGAAAUGACUGACUCCCUUUAAGUUUUCCCAUUUAUUCUAUUCACAGUUGGGCUGAUUUUAAAGUAUCCCUGCACUGCAGCACAUAAUAAAGAAAAGGUGUGUGGCAAAGUGAAUCUGAUAAGGGCUAUGGGUCAAAUAUACCAUCAUGGGCAUAUGCCACAAUACCUCUGGGUUGUUGAUAGAAGCUAACAAACUUGGGUGAUGUGUUGCGCUUGGUGUCAUUCACCCUGCGGAAGAGUGUCACAUUUUAACGAUUUUUACCGGUGCUGCAGCAGUGUACGACUUUUUAACAGGUGCAUAAUCUAUACAAAUCUCAGAACAGUUUGCAUGUACUUAUCCUAUUCUCCACUGUCUCUCACACAGCUCCUUUUUAAAUGAAAUGACUUGUUCACUGCAGAUUUACCAUCACGUUGAUCCCAUACCAUUCUCGCUCUCCUCCCCCUUUCUCCCUCAGUACAAGGUGGUUGGAGCCAGAGGUAACGGUGAAGCUGUCCAGUCCCCGACCGAAACUAACGCCGUUCAGGACAACGCACCCUUCUGAAGCUAUUCCCCUCUCUCGUCAACCGGGACUGUGACAUCAUCAUUAAGCGACUCAUCACUGAGUGACCCCCAUGACCUUUGGCCUAAUGAAGUCACCCUCCACUCCCCACACAUACGCCAUUACUCACUACUGCCUCCCUCCACCUGACCGGCAAAAAGUAGUGCACUAUAUAAUAAAUAGGGUACCAUUUAUGGCACAGAUGUUCUGUCAGCUACUGCCCAGUCCUAAAUCAACCUCUAGCCCCCUACACCCUAAGCUCUCCCUUGUGGAGAUCUGAAAGGACUUGAUUGAUGUAUGCAAUAUGGCACCAAUUCCACCUAUCCUAUGGCAGGGUAAGGUGGAGCCACUACCAUAUUGCUUACUCUUAUCUAGCCCCUUCAGAUCUCCACAAGUGCCUAGGCCAGGGUUCUUCAAUUCCGGUCCUG